UCCUAUCUUCGUAGAAGAUGUCAGGUGCGAUUUUGUUAUGAUUUUAUUUAUUUGAAAUGGUCUUUUAAUAAAUAGUGUUAACAUUUGAUGAAAUAUGUGACUGUGAUUGUCGUGAAUAAUCUUUUGAUAUUAAAUUUAUGUGUAUAGGUAUCGUUCAGAAACCUAUAUCCUUGAAAUAAAAAAAUUCAACACAUUGCUACCUGUUUAUUUUAAAAGAGAGUAUGAUGUCACCCACGACAAAAGAUUCGACAGUAUUGGUGAACGGUACUUCCACUCGGACGCCUAGUUUCGUUUUAACGCCGGAGCACGCUUCACAAAAUUCCGAACAAAACAAAAGUCAGUGCUCGUCGUUAUCCGAUGUGGAAAAUUUGGAAUGGUCAACUGAUAUUUUAGAAGUUGAUCCCGAAAGCAGUACCAACGGAAAUAAUGUAGGAAAUGAAACAAGAACUAUAAAUGGAAUAAAUAGAAACACAUGGUUGCGUACAAGUUUAAGGAGAUCUUCUCCAAGCCACCAGGAAAAUCUUGCCAAUAGGAGAUGUGGUUCGUUUCGACAUAAUGGGCGACGUCAACAAUUGAGCUCAAAUGCAUUAGCCAGUCAAUUGUAUCGUAGUUCCAGUUUCAAUUCGUCUGGACGAAAUAGUAAUUGUGAUACCACAGAUGAUAUGUACUCAGAUGCUUCAUUAGAGGAAGAUGUAUUGGAUCUUCAUCAAAAAUUUGAGGUGCUACAGCAACAGGUAGGAUUUUUACAAGAUACAGCAAAUCAAAAUGAUGAAAGGUAUACCAGAGCUAAAGCUGAUAAUGCUGCUCUACAAGCUAGAGUUAUUAUGUUGGAAGAGCAACUUAGAGAGACUGAGCUAAGAAGCGAAGAAAAACUUCAGGAUGAAAGGAAAGGAUUUAAGGAACAGAAGGUUAGGUUAGAAAGGGAGAAACAAUUACUACUAGAUAACAUAAAUUUAAGACUGCAAGCUUCUGAAACGGAAUGUUCGAAUUUAAAAAAAGAGAUUAAUCGACUGAAAGAAGAAUUGGAUAAAUACAAAAGUGAACAACAAAAUACAGUUGAUCAAACUACAGAUUUAACAAACGAAAUUUCUGCUCUUAAAGAAGAAAUGAAAAUGAUGAAGAGUCAAGAAGUGCGGUUAAAACGUGAAUAUGAAGCACAAAUACAAUUAUCUGAAGAUUUAUCUAAAGAAAUAGAAAGGUUAAGAUUAGAAGCUCGAACUCCAGCUCUACCAACUACUUCUCCAGAAACUUUGAGGUUAGAAGAAUUACAUGAAGAAAUGUCCAAUUUGCGAUCAGAAAAUUCAGAACUGAGAGAAGUAAACGAAGAAUUACAGGCGAGUUUGUUGCACGCUGGACUCGAAACUGGGAGAAUUCUUUCGAUUGGGGAAAAUAGUUUAGCCGCUGAAUUAGAUGUUAUGUCACAAGAUGAGGUACAGCAAGCUUUAAAGGAACAACAAGAAGUUAAUAGGCAACUCAGAACUUACAUAGAAGGAAUACUACUUAACAUUGUAGAGAACCAUCCUCAAUUAUUAGAAGUCAAGCAAAGACCUAUAUAGAUAUCCAAGAUACAAAGGAAAAAUGUAGAAAAUGCUUAAAAAUACAUCAAAGAUAUAUCAUGCAUGAGAAAAUUGUCGAGAAAGAAGUUGUAGUAGAAUUGAACUUCGGUAAAAGUAGAAGAAAAAACAGUAAAUGAAGAUUAAUCGAAUGGUAAUAUUUUUAGUUUGGAAUUAAUGUGGAUGUAAAACUGGAAAUCUAGUGAUUGAGUAAUGGCAAUGUUAUCUAUUUAAUAUGUGGGGGAAUUGUAUACAAAAUGGGAUACUUAACGUUUUUGAUUCAAGAGCUUUCUUCAUCGAUGAUUGCGGUCUGUCGUUCGGUUUUUCUUCAUAAAAUCGCGGCAUCUUAAAAUAAAAAGUUCAAAGUUAAUCAAAUGAGGGUAAAACGGGAUACCUCAUUUUAUCUCAAAUUAAAUUUUCCGAUUAACCCCAAUUGUACAUAUAUAAAAAUAAAAUUCAUAUAAUAUCUACAAGUCUUAAUGUAUUGCUAAAUUAAUACAUUUUACAGAAAAUUAUUUAAAUGUUAUCAAACUUACCCUGGUUAGUCUCUACAGUUGUACAAAUUGUCAAUUUACAAGACAAACAUCUAAAAAUACAGCGGAUUUACGACUAGCCAGCUAUUUAUUUAAAUUUGAAAUAUGCACUGCACCCCUUUCACUUCACUAAGGUGGUGUGGUUGCUAUCCCGUUUUGUACAUAUUUCCCCUAUGCUAAAAUACAAGUUUUAAUAAUGAUGAAGAAUAAUGACUUGUGUGUACAAUCAAUAGUUUAUUGUUUGUACCAACGAGAGUUAUUGAAAGUGUCAUAAUUUGAAUGUUGUCUGAACAUUUUUACUUUGCGAUACUAUUCGUAAUUAAGUUUAAUAUACCCAAUCAUGUGCAUCACAAUUAUAAUCAAGAAAGUAGUGCAAUAAAUAUUAAAAAAAAAGAAUGAAGUUAUAAAUAUUUUUGUGACUUGUAACAGUGCAAUAAAUUUCUUUACUUUAUAUAAUUAGGUAUUUUAAACAUUGAAUCUUGAUUUCAAAAUAUUAAAACUCUAAUUUAACAUAAAUCUUAUAUAUAUAAAAUGAAUUAUGGGGUGUUCUAUUUAGAAAAUAUUAGUACCCAGUACUUUUAAAAUAUUUGAUUAUCUUUUUAAUAAUUUGAAUAUAAGUACAAUACUAUAAAUAUUAUAUAUAAAAUGAGUUCGUUAAAGUGUAGGAUAGUGGGCGGCCAAGCACUGUUAAAAACCAUCGUGUCCCACUUGAAGUUAGGGCAAAGACCUUUGUAAAGCCGUACAGGCACUUUGGCUUGAACCUUUUGAUAUCACUAGACAAACUGUGAGGUUUACCCAAGUGUUCAAAUCGCGUCCGUUUGAGUUUUGGGUACACAGAUUACUUGGUCUGCAGUUUCUUACUCCUCGCAGCAGCGGUAUUUCCAGUCGUCCUUGAUGCCUACAAUGUGAAGAUCAAAAGUCCUACUACGAAUCGAAUUUCGCGCUUUUUUAAGUGGGCAUGUCAUUUGGUGAAAGAACGUAGACAUUUGAAAAAUAUUUGUGCCCAAUACUUUCCUUAAUAAGGAGAGUCUCAGAUGACCGUGUUCAGUUUAAAAGUCUAGUCACCAAUCUAAUUUCUCGCCUAUUUAAGUAGAGCAGUUAUUUGGUAAAAGAGGCAGAAGGUCCAUCUAUGUGUGUCAAACAUGAGUUGCAGGCUAUUCCACUUAGAAAAAUUUUUGGGCCCAAUACUUUCAAAUUAUUUGAAGUAUCCUUAUAAUUGGAGGAUAAAUUCUAACGGCAAGUCACUGGAUGAUCAUUAUCACAUUUCAUUUCUCUGGGUCUAUUAGUUAUUUGAUGUGGUGUGCAACUUCUUUCCAAGAAUGACCAAAGAUAUAUUAAAUAGUUUUAACAAACUAAGUACAAUCAGUUCAUCAUUAAAUAAAACGUUCUAUAACUCAGAAAUAAGUAAUUUAAUGAUUUUGCUUAGGUUAUAAUAUUUUGAGAUAAAGAUUUUAUCAGUUGAAAUAUCACAAAACAAUUUUGUAAAAUUACAGCAUGUGAUUUUAAGUAAUCAACUGUAUAUGCCAAUUUUUAGACUUUAUGGUAUUCACUAAACUUUGUGUACAACAAUAUGUUAACUAAUAAUUAGUUUAUUCCUAUUGUAUUGCCAAGAAUAGAUGUUUGAGAACUUUGUCAUUAACUAUUCUAUAUCUAUCGAAUUAUGUAAUCACACUCAUUAUAACAGGAUCAGGAUAGGUAUUCUUAUUAAAUGUUGGUUUUAUAUUAGAAAAAUUGUUGUUCUCUCCUAUUGAACCCAUUACACAAUAUCUCGAAUUAUUUUGACUUAAUAACUCGAAUUUAAAAAAAAAGGUUGAAAAAUAAUAACAUUGUGCCUUUCUAAAUAGAAAUCUCAGAUACAUAUUCUGAUUUCACAGUAAAUACUAAUUGUUUCUUUAAUAUUAUACAAAAUAUCUUGAAUUUUUGGUAUAUACAAUAAUUGGGGUGCGUGAGGCCCGGUAGAAAGACGCGAUGCGAGCGCCAUCUAUUGCGCCAACAUUGUUAGUAAUUAUUGUUUGAUGAAGUAUGGCUUUUUUGAGGAGAUAUAGUGGAAAAUUGACUCAACAUGAACGUGAGAGCUAUUAGAGGAAAGUUCAGAAUUAGACAUACUGCAGAACCUAGUUUUCUGUAUGAAGAAUUCAGAGUUGACAAUAUCCUCAACUUUGUAUUUCCUCCUCGAGUCACGCGUCACGGAGGGCAAAAAAUGCAACCCACAUGACUCGUGAACCCCAAAAAUAAACCAAGUCGAAUUGUCAGCUUUAAAAAACAAGAAUCAAAAUUUUUUAAUGUAUCUGCAUACAGAUUACAGAUAAAUUUGUUAUAAAUAUUGUAUUUGUUGAUAGUGUAAAAAUGUUCACGUUGUUUUAUUGUAUAUUAACAUGUUUCUAUAGAUAGUUUUAAGCAAUUUCCCUGCACCUUACGGUAUUCAUUUGAAUGAAAAUAGUUUUGUGAAAAAUAUUGAUUACUUAUAGGGCAGUAACUUUGCCCUACAACUUGUAAGUACCUCCCUCUUCCAUUCUAGUUCAUUGUAGAAUAGUUGCAUAGUCCUUGUGAUAGACCCAUUCUGUCCCACUUGAAAUUACCAAAGGCUGAUAUCCUUUAAAAAGCUCUGUGGCUUGAACUUUGCUACAUCACCAGAGCUACCUCUGUCGUUGGACUAACUGCAGUUCUAGAGUUCUCAGAAUGCUUCAAAGAGAUCAUGUUUUCUGGGUGUUUGUUCACAGUCCGAUCCGACCUCGGAUGAUAGACAGUUCACUACAUUUAUGUUUUCGCAUCAGUAAUAACCAUUUUGCAGCUUAUCCAAGAUUGUCGUGUCUCCCCAAGUAGAAAGAAAACGUAAAGAACACUUUUUUCUUAGAAUUACUUUUUCCAUCGGUUCUUGUAGUCGGAAAUUAAAAAAAACUUUCUACCUCCGAGAAGGGAUGGCAACCAUCCACACGAUUUUACCGUAUGUUGGCAUGAUAUAGAAAAUGAUUCUCUACCUUUUGAGAAAAUUUCAAGUUAAUCCAGGCAGGACGAAAAAAUUGCGAGCCAAAAUGCUUAAUUUCCUGGGCUAUAAUACCUUUAUAUUUUGGAACAAAUGCAAGUAGGAUAAAUUUGUUGGUUUCUAAUAACAUUUUUUGUUCUUAUAUGCAUUUUUUUGUCACAAAAAGGAAAAA